GGGCGCCUUCUCUUUCGGCGAGCCUGGCAAGCGGAGCGCGAGCCACGGAAAGACAACGAAAGUUGGCGCUUCGCUUUCUUCCCACAAGGGCGCCUCCGUCCGCUGCAGCUGCCCGGGCGAAAGCUGCCACGUCACUGCCUUCUUUCUUUCUCCUGCUGGUUCGGCUGCCCCCCGGCCGAAGCCGUUCCCGAGCAGCAGCGCCUGGGCUGCAACUCAGCCGAAGGAGGCCGAGGAGCUGGAGGAGGAGCGAGCGAGCGAGCGAGCAAGUUGCUUGGCUGAUGGCUGCUUCCCGCCAACAUUCCCGUGGCUUCUGGAAACUUGAGGGACUCUUCUGGGAAGCUCUGGAGUAAAAACUUCUGCAUGGACCCUCCAUUUGCUUGGAGAACGACUCCCUCCUUUUCGGUUCUUUCCUUUUUUCUGAACAAAAAGAGCGAGGAUAGCCUGGGAAACAGUAGGACAGACGGGUGUGAGCUGUUGAUGACCGAGGUAGCCUUGCUUGUUACUGGGAGAAUGACCGGAAGCAUAUUUGCAGCAGCCUUUUAACCACGCGGCUGGAGAUCUUUGAGGGUCCAGCCCGUGUGCCUGUUUGCCAGGGUGUAGUUUGCUUUGAUUGCAUAACGCAGGACUCACAGCUCAGUGAGAUAAGCUUCAGUCAGAUUUAUUUCCAAGGAGAUGCGUGGAAGGUUGGCAGGCUAAGCCACUGUCUCCUGUGGACAACCAGAAUUGUACUGCUACUACUACUAACAACACAACAAUGGGAACAUUUCCUUCUCCAUGAGUGGACUGACAGUUGUUACCUGUGUUAAUGAAUAUGGGUCUGUAGUAGUUACAGCCUCAUUAAUGAAAUCUGUAUUAUGUGCAACACCCUGUGCUCUUAUCUACCGGCCUUAAGAAGAGUCAUAUAUUUUUUAAUUCCGUUUGGGGGGAGGGGUUAUUCCUAAUUUGCACACAUAUUGAAGUAUUUGCCAGUCUAAAAACCAGCAAUCUAGCUUGAGCAGUUCAAAAGCAUCCAGCCAUUUAUGGAUAACUAGGAGGGGAGGAAUGAAAGUGAUUCAGGGCCGUGUCUUGGGCCCAAGUGUUGAGUAGCAGCUGCAGAUCUUGGCAAUAAUGUCAAGGAAAGUAUAUAACUGGUAGGAUCUUUAAGUUAGGUAGGAUCUCCCAUUAAGAAGAGCCUGUGCAUAAAGGGAGUUCUUCAGUUAUGGGGUCUGCUUCAUCUUUGGUUAAUCCAAUGGUCACUGUUGGGGAGGUGAUUGAAGAUCCAUACGAGGGAGGAGGUGGUGAGGCCUGUGAAAUUCCUGUUGAGGUGAAGCCCAAAGCCCGUCUUCUGCGCAGUUCUUUUAGGCGUGUAGGUGCAUCCCGGCCUGGAGGCCUCAUUGGUGCAAGCUUCAAAUCUACUGCUUCUGUACAAGAGCUGGAAUGCAUGGCAGAAUAUGAGCGCUUGAAAAAGGAAUAUGAAAUUUUCCGCAUUAGCAAGAACAAUGAGGUGGCCGCCAUGAUGAAGAAAGAGGCGAAGCUGGACAAAGAAAACAAGCGCCUGAGGGCAGAACUUCAGGCACUUCAGAAAACAUAUCAGAAAAUCCUCAGAGAAAAGGAAAGUGCUUUAGAGGCCAAAUAUCAAGCUAUGGAAAGAGCGGCUACAUUUGAACAUGAUCGUGACAAAGUCAAGAGGCAGUUCAAAAUUUUCAGAGAAACCAAGGAAAAUGAAAUUCAGGAUCUACUAAGGGCCAAGCGAGAGCUUGAAGCAAAACUUCAGAGGUUGCAAGCUCAAGGUAUCCAGAUAUUUGAUCCUGAAGAGUCAGAUUCGGAUGACAGCUGUACAGAAAUUACUGCUGCUGGAGGUCAGACAGAAUAUUGGACAGGAGGAGCCUUGGGAAGCGAGCCUUCCAUGGGCAGUAUGAUACAACUUCAGCAGUCUUUUAGAGGACCUGAGUUUGCGCAUAGUUCCAUAGAUGUGGAAGGACCAUUUGCAAAUGUCAAUAGAGAUGAUUGGGAUGCAGCUGUUGCCAGUUUAUUGCAAGUCACUCCUUUGUUUUCCCACUCUUUGUGGAGUAACACAGUAAGAGUGUAUCUCAUUAAUACUGAAGAGACUCAGUUAGAAGUAGACAUUUUCAUAAAGAAAUAUUCUCCAAAACUUCAGAAAUAUUGUGAGACAAUGGAGUAUUUUUUUCAAGUUGUCCAUUUUCCAGUAGAAAAUGAGAGUUCUCUACAUGCUGUGAGGAAAUGGGAAAUUGAGAAAAGUUCUUUAACCAUUUUGUUUUUACAUUUAAGUUUGCCAAGCUAUCUACUGGAUGAGUGUGAAGAAGCCUUUUUGAAAAACCCUGAAGGGAAACCCCGGCUCAUUUAUCACCGACUAGAAGAUGGUCAAGUCAGUUCAGAUUCUGUGCAGCAGUUAAUUGAGCAAGUUUGCUUUGUGAACAAAGCAAAGAUCAUCAACCACGUGGGAGGAUUAGAGGAAGGAGCAUAUGAAGUAUACAACUAUGUGGAAAGGAUUAUAAAGCAGGAUAUACUGGGCUGUGAAGUUUCACAACUGGAAAAGAAAGAUGUGACUGAUGAUGGUGACUCUUCAAUUCCUGAAGAGGAACUGUUUGGAGAUGUGCUGUGGGAUGCACAUGAUGAACAAGAACAAAUGGAGGCUUUCCAGCAGGCAUCUAAUUCAACAUGUGAACUAGGAUUUGACAAAUAUUAUGAACGUCUGAAUGAUUUGGUAGCAGCACCUGCACCAAUUCCACCCCUCCUUGUAUCUGGAGAUCCAGGCUCUGGGAAAUCUCUUCUUUUAUCAAAAUGGAUUCAGUUACAACAGAAGCAUUCUCCAAAUACACUCAUUCUCUAUCAUUUUGUUGGGAAACCAAUGUCUAGCAGUUCAGAGCCUACAUUGAUCCUCAAACGUCUCACUUUAAAACUUAUGCAAAAUUCCUGGUCAGUCUCACCUACAUCAUUGGAUCCAGCAAAAUUAUUAGAAGAAUUUCCUCGUUGGCUAGAAAAACUUUCUGCUCAUCAGCAAGGCAGUAUUAUAAUCAUUAUUGAUUCAGUUGAUCGAAUUCAGCAAGCUGAAAAGCAUAUGAAGUGGCUGAUUGAUCCCCUGCCAGUGAAUGUAAGGGUUGUAGUAUCUGUGAAUGUUGAAAGUUGCCCACAAGCUUGGAGGCUGUGGCCUACUCUUCAUCUUGAACCAUUAACUGUUAGCUAUAUGAAAUCUCUGAUUAAUGAAGAAUGUAACUCUGCAAGCCUGAAGCUGACCAUAGAACAGGAGAAGAAGCUCGAGAAACAUGGUCAUUCUACUUCAAUAUGCAAUGCCCUCUUUGUCACUCUUUUGGGCAGAAUGAUGGCUGGGUCAACCUGCCCUCUGUUGCAUUAUGGAAUAUAUAGAACUAGAAGCACAGAAGAUAUUGAUGUACUCCUUCAGAAGUGUUUCCAGUGCCAGGAUGUCAUGGCUCUUUACAAGCUAGUUCUGAGAUCAAUUGAAGAGUCCUUGAAAAGUGAAAAAGAGAAAAGUCUCAUGAAGCAGAUUCUGUGCCUCAUCAGUGUUAGUCACAAUGGAGUCAGUGAAUCAGAACUGAUGGGACUCUGCCCUGAACUAUCGUGGGAAAUCCUGGCCUCCUUAAUGUACAAUAUGCACAAGAUGUGCAUUUUGACAUAUAGAUGUGGCUUAUUAAGCUUUCAGCACUUUCAGGCUUGGGAAAUAGUGAAAGUGGAAUAUAUGGAAGGAAGUCAGAAUGGUUUUGCCUCUUACAGAGAAAAACUAAUAGACUACUUUACCAGGCAACUGAGUGAAGAAAGAGUGACUUGGAGGAGUGCAGAUGAAUUGCCCUGGUUGUUCCAGCAACAAGGGGACAAGCAGAAGUUACAUAAAUGCUUGCUGAAUCUCUUUGUAUCCCAGAAUCUUUAUAAAAGGGGACAUUUUGCAGAACUUCUCAGCUACUGGCAGCUUCUUGGGAAAGACAAAAGCUCCAUGGCAGUAGAAUAUUUUAGUUCUCUGAAGUUAUAUGAGAAAAGCUGUGAAGGAGAAGAAAGCAUGAUCUGUCUGGCUGAUCUUUAUGAGACUCUGGGACGAUUUCUUAAAGACUUGGGUCUUCUCAGUCAGGCAAUUGCUCCAUUGCAGCGCUCCCUGGAGAUUCGAGAGACUGCCCUUGAUCCUGAUCAUCCCAGAGUGGCCCAGUCACUUCAUCAGUUAGCUAGUGUCUAUGUGCAAUGGAAGAAAUAUGGCAAUGCUGAACAAUUAUAUAAGCAAGCUCUUGAAAUCUCUGAAAAUGCUUAUGGAUCUGAUCAUCUCAGGAUUGCUCGUGAACUUGAUGCUCUUGCAACAUUAUAUCAGAAACAGAACAAAUUUGAACAAGCUGAACAUCUUAGGAAGAAAUCCUUCAAAAUUCAGCAAAAAGCUGCAAGGCGGAAGGGCAGCCUGUAUGGAUUUGCUCUUCUUCGCCAACGAGCACUGCAGCUGGAAGAGCUGACUUUGAGCAAAGAUACCUCAGAUAAUGCUCGAACACUUAAUGAGCUUGGAGUUCUCUACUAUCUUCAGAAUAAUCUGGAGACAGCAGAGCUUUUCUUGAAACGCUCUCUGGAAAUGAGAGAACGGGUUCUUGGGCCCAGUCACCCUGAUUGUGCCCAGUCACUGAACAAUUUAGCAGCUCUCAACAAUGAAAAGAAGAACUAUGACAAGGCAGAGGAAUUGUAUGAGCGAGCAUUGAACAUCAGGAGAAGAGCAUUAGCACCUGACCACCCUUCUCUGGCUUACACUGUGAAACAUCUGUCUGUGCUCUACAAAAAGCUGGGAAAGCUUGACAAAGCUGUGCCUCUGUAUGAGCUUGCUGUUGAAAUCAGACAAAAGUCCUUUGGUCCAAAGCAUCCAAGUGUGGCUACUGCUUUGGUAAACCUGGGAGUUCUUUAUUGUCAAAUGAAAAAACAUCAGGAAGCAUUGCCUCUUUAUGAACGUGCACUGAAAAUUUAUGAAGACAGCUUUGGACAUAUGCAUCCUCGUGUAGGGGAAACAUUAAAAAAUUUGGCCGUGCUAAGCUAUGAAGGGGGUGAGUUUGAGAAGGCUGCCGAGCUCUAUAAGAGAGCCAUGGAAAUUAAAGAAGCAGAGAUGCUGGUAAUUGGUGGAAAAGCUACUUCCCAUCACUCAUCAACUGGAGACACCCUCAGUAUGAAAAGUGCUUUUUCUCCAAAUAUGUUUUUUCAACAUGGACAAAGAUAAUGGAAGGUAGCAUAUUAAUCAUUAAAAGGAAACAUUUGAGCUGAAGAGAAAUAAGGUUCCAUCUUAAGAAAAGUGAAGAGAAAAUAAAAGUUAAAAAUUAGGAUUAAUUAGUUAACACUGAUCUUGAGCAUAUUAUAUUAAUCUAAGGCCCAUUGAUUUUAAGGAUUUAGCUAACGCUUCAAAAAUUAUUAUCAAUUGUAAACUACAUUUUCCAUUAGUAUCUGCACUGUUAAGACAGCUAUGGUAUUAAUUUCUUCUACCUCUUUUAGAAACAAUUUGAAUUGCUAAAAUGUUUCUAGAAUGUUCAAUAAAUAUCUGCUCCCAAUUAUGUAAGUAGAAAUCAUUUCAUGACCGUUUGGAUUUUUGGAUUGCCAUUCUUUCUUCAUUAUAGAAAGUAGGUAUAAAUGAAACUAGGAAUUGACAGAACAAUUACAAUCUGCAUACCAUUGCAGAGGCUUUGAUCUCAGUGAGAUUUAUUUUUAAAAAUUAAAUUGAUAGUCAACAUUAAUUAUUUGACUAUUUAUACAGAUGAAUAGUUGAGAUACAGAAUAAGAAAACUAGAUCUCUUUAUAGAAAUAUUUAAAAAUAAUAACACAAAUGUCUAAUUGUUAAAAAGUGUAGACUUUGGAAUAGAAAAAACUUGUCUUAAAAAUAUGCCAGUUUCAUUUGUAUCUAAUAUGUAUACUAUAGUUUAGUAUUAUAUGAAUAUGUUUACUCAUUUUCCUUAUAUUUCCUUAUACUUUUCUAAGGACUGUGAAAUCAGUAUUGUUUACAUACUUCAGCUGUACUUAGUGUCCAAAGAUGGGCUUGGUUUAUUGAAGAAAGCCAAUUUCAAAUAUUGGUUUAGAAAGGUGAAGUUUCAAUAAACCAUAACAAAUAUUAUUCACAGUACAGGGCUGCAUUUGCACUUUUUAUUGUGCUUAAUUGGAUGACAAUUGAGAUUUCCUCCUGGGAUGCUAGGGUGUGCAGUAUAUAUGGAUAUCUGUUGGGAGGGGGAGCAUAGGGAUUAAAUGACAACAGAUAUACAACUAUGUCAUUAUGCGAAUGUUGCCACUUACAUACUUGCGUCAGAUUUUGGGACAGAAGUAUGUAAAGUGGCAUUUGUAUGGUGACAUCACUGCAAGCAUCAUUUUCGCAUUAUUGUCAUGUGUUCAAGCCACCACUGAGCAUAUGUCUGAACUUCAGUCUAAUAGAACACUGAACUAUAGAAAACUAAAGUAAAACAUCACUGAUUUUUUUUCCUUUUGAUCAAAUCUUGGAAAACAUGUCAUAACUGAACUAUAUGCUAAAUAUCUUUUAUUUUCCUACCACUAAUUGCAUUUAAUGGUAUGUCUGCUUGAAUCCUUUUUAUACUUCAACAGCUAGGAAAUAAACAAGAUAUUUAAACUUGUUCUUUAGUCUUAUAUAAAUGAAUUCAUGACAGUUUUGAAAAUUAACUAGUUUAGUGUCCUUGUUUUCUUUUAAUAAAAAAAUAAUAAAUGGACUGUAAUUUCUCAUAGUCAUUAAAAAUCUAAACCUCUGAGUUAAAAACAUUGGAGAUAUGCAUAUUUCUCUAAUUAGGGUUUUUUCUGUUUGUGCUACCUUGUUGCACCUGUCCUAACCAAACAUGCAUAAUUUGAAUUAAACUUGAUUAAAUGCA